CGAGAUCCUGAUCCCGCCCACCGGUCUUCAUACUCAACUCGACCACCCCUGCUCAUGCCUUUCGAGCAAUGACCACCAAUGCCACGUCCAGCCAAGCCGGCAGCGGCAGAAUAGCCCUCCAGGCGCACGGAAAGGAGGCCGCGUUCGCAGAGCUUUCGUGCACGUACCCGCUCAAGCUCUUAUCGCCCCGCACGCCGCAGGACGGCGUCGCGGUCGUCUACAUGCUCACCUACGGCGGCGGCCUCGUCGGUGGAGACCGCAUCGCGCUCUCUGUGGACGUCGGUGCGCGCACAACGCUGAUGCUGCUUUCUCAGGGAUCGACCAAGGUGUUCAAGACGCGCCGCGGCGGGAGGGCGUCCGUCCAGCACAUCACCACGUCGCCCGCAGGAGCGAUGGCCUCUUCGACCCAGCGAAUGGACGUGCACGUCGCGGACGGCGCACUGCUCGCCCUCCUCCCCGACCCGGUGACGUGCUUCCGCGCGGCGUCGUACCACCAAGCGCAGACAUUCCACCUCCACGGCCGCGCGUCCGCCGUGCUCCUCGACUGGCUCACGUCCGGCCGCCGCGCGCUCGGCGAGGAAUGGGCAUUCGCGCGCUACUUUAGCGUCAACGAGGUCUUCAUCGACGGGAAGCGCGUCGCGAGGGACGCGAUGCUGCUCGAGGAGGAAGAGGGGGAGGAGGGGGAGGCCGACGCCGCGCGGUCUGCCGCGCUGCCGCGGCGCGUGCUAGGCGACCGGCUCGCGCCAUAUUCGUGCUACGCGACGCUAAUUCUGUGCGGGCCAGCGAUGGCGGACGUCGUGCGGGUUCUGGACGAUCGGUACCGCGAGAUCAGCGUGUACAAGCACCGCUCCGCGCCAGAGCUGCUGUGGUCGCUCAGCGCCGCGGCGGGUGACGGCGGGCGGAUCGUGAGGGUCGCGGGGAGAGAGACGGAGGACGUGAGGACGUGGCUGAGGGAGUCUCUGAGCGGACUCGAGGGCCUCCUCGGGGCCGAUACGCUUCGGCGGGCGUUCGUGUAAGACCAUUCUGGCCUCGGCAGGCGGUGACUAUGUGACCCGCCAAUCCAUGCAACCCCCCUCCCAGACCGUACUACCGCUGCGCUAUGGAAUCUUUCACGAGUGUC